CCGCCUUCAUUUUUAGGACUCUCUGAUCGUUAUAAGCUCGAGGAAAUCAGAGUGAUCACGAGUCGUCAACAAUGGCGAUGACGACGGCCAACAACGGGGAUAAAGUAAUGCUUCUAGAAGCUCCUCCAUCUUCGCGGCCGUCUUGGUCUAGUAGCGCAGCACAAAUCGACGCAUUGCCCUACAUUGAUGAUGAGUACGGCGACCCCAAAGUGAAAACCGAGGUUGACCGCUUGAUUGAAGAAGAGAUGCGUCGUAGCUCUAAAAAGCCUUCGGAUUAUCUUAAAGACCUCCCUCCCGUUGCUAAAUUUAACUUCGAGAAUUAUCCAAUGCUUGCUAGGGAGUAUGAGCGAGUGAGAGCUGGAAAGCCGAUGGUGCCUCUGGAUAUGUCAAGGUAUGGGCUUGACAUUCCAUCGAUGAACAAACGGAAUGAUGAAACUGCUUGGAAGCAGGCACUUCAGAAAUCUCAACGUUUACUCCAGCAUCAAGUUAUUAGGCUGGAAAAUUUGGAUCUAAUGUCCAAGUACGGGGCAGAUGUAUGGAAACAACACAAUCAACGGUUAGAAGCAUUCUUAUCAAGAAUGCAAGCACAGGCAGGUGAGUUAAAUGGAAAGAUAGAAAUUGUUAAUCGAGAAAGAAAAUAUCAUCAGCAAAACACAGCAUACGAGCUUAAUGCUCUAUCAGCACAGUGGAAGGAGCUGUGCGAGAAGAACAUAGCAAUUGAAGCUGCAUGCGUAAAAGUUGAAAGCUACCUCGAAGAAUUAAAAGCAGAAGCUACGGAAAGAGGCUGGAAUCUCGAUGUUAAUAUGGAGAAUGACCUUUCAUUUCCUUGAUAAGAGUUAUGGAGAUCGGGGAGAUGAUAAUGGAAAACGAUCUGAAUGAGGUGCGAAAUACUCCCAAGGCUUUUUCACCGUUUGUUCAGAGUCGUCGGUUGUAUGUGUAGUAACGGGUUUGUAGUCGAUGGCUGCUAGAAUUUGAUUCUUUGUUAUGGACAACGUAAAGAGGGAAUUUCAGCCACUUUUCAAUAGCAUGAAUGUUCUAUCAAAGGUAAAGUAUGAUGUUAUAGAUGAAUGCACCAAAUUGACUCUGUUUGGUCGAUACUUUUUUGGAAAUUCUAUGAUUAACGAGUUAAAUCGCUCAGCCGAUUUUUAUCA